AUGGCUUUCAGGUUCGCAGUAUUGACGUCGGUCCUGGCAGCGGUGGCGCACGGUUCCCCCGUGUACACGGCCGCCCCUUACGCGGCCUACCCCUACGAGGCCACCCCGUACUCGCCCGCCCUAUACGCGCCGGUUCCGUACUAUGCGGCGGCGGCUCCCAAGUCGUACGACGCGGACUACGACCCGAACCCGUCGUACUCGUACGCAUACGACGUGCACGAUCAGCUGACGGGAGACUCGAAGAGCCAGCACGAGAGCAGGCACGGUGACGUGGUGCACGGGUCGUACAGCCUGGUAGACCCCGACGGCACCAGGAGGACGGUCGACUACACCGCGGACCCGCACAACGGUUUCAACGCAGUCGUCACCAAGGAACCGCUGGCCAAGGGCUACGGAGCCGUGCCCGCCCGCGCCGCUUACCCGGUCAAGUCGUACGCGCCCGCGCCUGCAGCCGUCUACCCGGCGGCCGUCAACGCUUAUGCGCCAAUCUACCCGGCCGUCAAAGCGUACGCACCGUCGCCGUACCACACGUACCCGGCUUACCACUGA